UCUCUCUCUCUCUCUCUCUCUCUCUCUCUCUCUCACACACACACACACACACACACACACACAUACACACACUUGCAUAUACAUCGGUGCUAAAUAAAUGGCACAAAUGAGUCUUCCCCCAGGAUUCAGGUUCCACCCAACUGACGAGGAACUUGUUGCUUACUAUUUAAAUAGGAAAAUAACCGGCCGUGUGAUCGAGCUUGAAAUCAUCCCAGAGGUUGAUCUCUACAAAUGUGAGCCCUGGGAUUUACCAGACAAGUCAUAUUUACCUGGCAAAGAUAUGGAAUGGUACUUCUACAGCCCAACGGAUAGGAAAUACCCAAAUGGGUCGAGGACUAACCGGGCAACCAAAGCCGGUUACUGGAAAGCCACCGGAAAAGAUCGGGUGGUGCAGUCGGAAAGGCGGCGGGUGGGGACGAAGAAAACACUGGUGUAUUAUAAAGGUAGAGCUCCCCAUGGCAUCAGAACCAACUGGGUUAUGCAUGAAUAUCGCCUCAUCAACUCCGUCUGUGGCAAUGCAUUUGCUUUACAGGAUUCAUAUGCAUUAUGUCGCAUUUUCAAGAAGACAGUUGAUCACGGUCCCAAAACUACGGAGCAGAAUCGGACAACAAAUAAGAAAAGAUGUCAGGUAUUGGACAAGCAUCUAAUAGAAGACCAGGACACAAGUUCUGGGACCGAAAUUUCAAAAGGGACAGAAGCUGAAGAUAAAAAUUUCGAUCACUGCAAUCCGAAAUAUCCAUCUGAUGCUUCUUCUUCAGAUCUUACCCAAGGGACACCACUUGAAACUUGUCAAACACAUUUUUCACAAGCUCCAUUUACAUCAGAUGAAGAUAACAGUUUAGCUGACAUGUAUUCUUUCGGAACAGACUGGCAAUCGAAUCUAGUUCAGGACAUUCAAGACAUGGAAUACACUAGCAUGCAGCAUCAACCUCCCUAUCCACCCUUGGCAGUAGAAGACUUCCCGAAGAUAGAUAUAGCAGAGACAAAGCCAUCAAAGCCUGAAAGUAUAGAUGAAUAUGUGAUGUAUGACAAACACAGAGAUUACAUGAUCAGCGGGACAACGAUGUUUGAGGACAUUUUGUUCUUAUGUUCUUCGUGA